UCAUAUCUGAUUGCAUACUUAAUUGUCAUUUGCCCAAUUUACGGAAGGCUAGAUGCUAAAGAAAGCGGUUGUCAUACCCUACUGACAGCGUCUGGUUAUACGCCCGCAAGGUGAUUCAGCUCUCCACUGUAAAGCGGAUAAUAAGUCUGUCAUCUUGUUUCUAAUUUUGGUGUCUCUAUUUCUCCGUCCGCGCCGAUGGUAGUGCUGUUACAAUGCGUACUGAUUUUUCUUUUAUCGUAGUGUUCAGUGGAUUGCGUGGGUGGCUUUCUGAAAUAAAAUGUUGAAUGCACAAACAAAAACUGUGAAUCCAGAUAAGCAUGUCGGGCUAAACGCAGGUAAUUCGAGUAAAUAAAAUAGAAUUGUUUAAAGAGGCAUACACAAACAUAAUGAUCAAAACGUUAGCCUAAUGUUUCUAUGAAUAGCAGGAAUGUUUGGUAUUUAUGUAAAUAACGUAUCGUAAAAGAUUCACAGUACACGACUCCAUCUCUAAAGUAGGCGGAUAGCUUUGCUGCCAGGGAGGGCUGGAAAAGUGCGUAGCUUACCCCAUAGACAUAUAUAGGGCUUACCCCAGCUGCUCAGCGAUUGGUUUGCUUUUGUAAGACACCCGGACUUCCGUCAUAUGUUUUGGUUUAAAUGUCUGGCGGCGGAAGAAACAAGACUGCGUAGUAGGCUACUCCCACAGUAAAACAUGGUGAAAAAUGUGCGAAUUGAGAUGAAGGCGAUCGAGCGUGUCAAGUCAUGAAAUAUUGAGCAACUGAAAUCAAUCACAAGGGGUUGUGUGUGUGUGCUGGAUAUUACCGAAACAACAUGGUGACCAAGAGGAUCAGAUCGGAAUACAUGAAGAAAUUUAAAGAUCCUAAAUGGGAAUCUUAUUCCAGGUGUUAUGAAGAAUUGUUGAAAUAUAGACGGACUCGCAGGCUUUUGGAACAAAGUCACAAUCCAUGGUUUUGGGGAGAUUGGGCAAGUGAUGCGAGUGACUCGGGCAGGUCAACUCCACAACGAAACAAUAAGGUCGAACCAUUGCAGCUGGAAGACAGAACGCCACCCAGAUGCGAGAAAGUUCCCGAACAACCGGUGAUUCCACCCGAUCACGCGUCAGAGCCCAAGGCUGAGGAAAGACAAGGGGAGGGGGCGGCUCUAUGCGCAUCUCCUGACAGAGACGGCUCAAUUUCACUGGUAGAACCAGAAGUUAAGGGGAAGGGGGAGGAGGAGAAGAGCAGAAGGGGAUCCUCAGCCGUCCCUGCUGAAGUACUGGUCCCUGUCAAACCUAAAUCUCGUCAACAUGCUUCCCACAAGCCCACACGAUCCAAGAGCCAACCACGCAAAUGCCAAGACGCUAAGGACACCAAAGACGACAAGGACACCAAAGACGAGAAGGAGAAUAAACACCCUUUUGCUCUGUAUGGAGGGGGUGAGAGGCAAGCUGACAUGGCCUCAAAAAAGACCCACAACGUCUGUCCUGCUGCAUCCACCAAGGAGAUCCAUGAGUCUGCCUUGCGUGCCAAAACCCGGCGGGAGGUGGAGAAACAGGUGAAGAAAGGGGACAAUCGCAGAGCGAGUUCAGUUGACCUGGAGAAAAUGGCCAAAAGCAAAGUUGUCCCUGACUUUGACCCCUGGAUUACGGAGUACAUGCGCAGUUUUUCUGCCAGGUCUCGGUGAGGGUGGCGGACCUGAGUCUAUUCUCAGCCUAAAACGACGUGUUGAAUGACUGAUGCAGAUCCUGUCCCCAAUAUGUUAUCAAUAGACCAGCUUUGAUGUGUUGUUGUUUGAUAGAAUUGGAGUUUUUGAAGGCUUUUCUUUGUGGGUGUUUUAAACGAAUUCAUACUUUGCACUUUUAUUGUUUCAUUUAAACUCCUUUGCAUUCCUGUAAUUUCCAUUAACAUUCCUUAACAUUAGGAGACCUCAGAAAACGUAACGAUACAAAAUUAACAUUUCUACUUAUUACAGUAUACUUUUUAUACUAUUUCGUUGUUUUAAAAUGUGUCUGCAACUAUUCCAAUGAAUUCCAUUUGGAUUUGAAGUAGUGCAACCAGAUUAUGCUUGGUUUAGCUGGUUGAUCACUUCACAACGACCCCAGUAAGGAGAUGGGCCUAUGACUAUACUCAGUUUGGAGUUGAUUCACACAGCUGACCUGUGUCAGCUGACGCUAUCUCUCAUGACCCCUUUACCAGCAGCCAUGGUGGUAUAAUCGUGUUUAAAAUGAAAGUGCAUCCUCUUGCUCAUCAUCACUACUGUGGUUGAUGGCCCAAAAAAAAACAAGACAGACCAGCUCUACUUCAUUUUUCAUCUCCAGUGAAAAAUCCCAGUAGAAACUAAGCUGUGGGAUGAUACUGUGAGGCUGUUGCCAAGUUACUUUCAUGUUCACUGCAGUAUUUCUAAAGGCUUUUCUAAAUAGAAAAAUCUCCACCUUUGUUCUUGAGUAGACCUAUAUAGUCAUAUAUUUUUGAGGUGGAAUGUAGACUGAGAAAUUAAGUGUACUACCACUCAUGUUUGCUAUCAUUCUUGGAGCUGUUAGCCACAAACUGAAAUAUAAAUGUGUUACGAUCGUUACUUAUAUCUAACGUUGUGUUAUCAAAGUACUGUAUCUGGCUCAGGAUUUGUUUGCAAAUUUGUGGCAAUAUGGGUGUUAACUUCUGUAUUGAAGCUUAGGUAGUUCUCAUAGCCCUCAGUGGUUGUAAGGGUUUCAAAUGUUUUACAGUGUGCUGCAAAUGUUUUUUAAACAAAAAUGAUACAGAGUACAAUUUCUAUUAAGUGUUCCCUUUGACAAAAGUUCUAUUCUUGGCAACAUUGAUCAAAUUUGGCUCUGACUCUUUGGCGAGGGAUUCCAAAGUGUUGAGUGUUAUUAUGUACCAAAACCUUCUUAAAAGUACGGUGUUCAUUUUUUUAAUCAAAUUCAGAUCAUCCAGAUUACUUAGACCAUUUGCAAAUUUGAGACACAGAGCCUUCUUGGGUUGAACAAAACCAUAUAAUCAGGAGGAUUAAAAACCCCCAGGUGAAUUAAUAAUCCUUUGCGCUUUUUGAGUUUCUCAAGGGAGAAUGUCAGAAAACAACCCACUACCCACUAAACGACCCACUAAGAGUUUUCACCACCUUUUGUGUUAGACAUUUAGUUUGCAUUAUUUCUUUUAUUUUAAACUGUAUUUUUCUCUGUGCACAAAUGUAUAUGUCACGUGAUUGGCUUGUAGGUAUAUUUAAAAUUCUAACAAUUGGUUAAUCUUAAGCAGCUUGCAUAAGGGUGUAUUUAUUGUUCAGUGCAAUAUGAAGGUGGGUUCAGAGGUCUUUAAAACAAUUCUGUCCACAAUACCUUUUUAUGUGUAUAAUGUUUUUUUUUUUUUUUGACCCUAUGUGUGUUCUUGUAUCGCAAGUAUUGUAAUACUGUGAACAUUUACAGCAGCUGGCUGUAACCCAAACAAUAAGCUGUCUGAUGGCUUAUGGAAGCCAUUAUGAAGGUUGUUUAUAUGACAUCUAAGUGCUUGGAGCCUAGCCUAGAUGGUCCAUGGAGACGGCUAAGCAGUGCAAACCAAGCUCACCUGAAUUCAUCAGGGGAAAAAACUUUGUGUGAAUAAAAUGUAAACAUUUUA